GUAGCGGGAGCAGAGAGCGGACCCCAGAGAGCCCUGAGCAGCCCCACUGCCGCCGGCCUAGUUACCAUCACACCCCGGGAGGAGCGGCAGCUGCCACAGCUGGCCCCAGUCACCACAACCAUGAGCAGCGAGGCCGAAACCCACCAGCCGCCCGCAGCCCCCACCCUCAGUGCUGCCGACACCAAACCAGUCACCACGGGCAGCUGUGGCCCGGGUGGCCUCACAUCAGCCGUGCCUGCCGGCGGGGUAAAAAAGGUCAUCGCAAGGAAGGUUUGGGGAACAGUAAAAUGGUUCAAUGUAAGAAACGGAUAUGGUUUCAUCAACAGGAAUGACACCGAGGAAGAUGUAUUUGUACACCAGACUGCCAUAAAGAAUAACCCCAGGAAGUACCUUCGCAGUAUAGGAGAUGGAGAGACUGUGGCGUUUGAUGUUGUUGAAGGAGAAAAGGGUGCGGGGGCAGCAAAUGUUACAGGCCCUGGUGGAGUUCCAGUACAAGGCAGUAAAUAUGCAGCAGACCACAACCAUUAUAGAGGCUAUCCACGUCGCAGGGGUCCUCCACGCAACUACCAGCAGAAUUACCAGAAUAGUGAGAGUGGGGAGAAGAAUGAGGGAUCGGAGAGUGCCCCUGAAGGCCAGGCCCACCAGCACCAAUAA